GGAGGGAAUGCGGGCACCGGGAGCUGCCCCGGCGGGGAGGGCGCGGAGGGGCUCCCGCAGGCCGUGUCCUGCCGGCUCUGAGCCCUGCGAUUUCCGAUCCUCUUUGGAACACUCCCUCUCUAUCAGCUCCCUCCCCACCUCCUCGCUGCGUCGGGGAGCAGCAGAAAGAGUGUGGUCGGGUUUGUGUUUCCCAGGAUUUCCCUUUGAAUCCGCUGCCAGACAGGCCGGGACACCGACUCGCAUCAAUACUGGUUGUCCUGAGAUGUUUUGGAAACUGACUUGUUUCGUCUGUGUCUAACACAUAGGAAACAAACUCAAGAGGAUGAAACCUAAUAAAGGAAAGACUAUAACUAGAGAGAGAGACUAUGUGUACGAAUUCAGUGCUGGAAAUGAACAUUUCGUGCUUACUGUGCCUCUCAAAUUCCCUGUGCAAGAGAAUAUCAGUCAUUUGCAUGGACGGCUGAUGGUUCUGCACAAUCUGCCAUGCUUUAUAGAAAAUGACCUGAAGCAAUCUCUUAGUAAAUUUGUAGAAGAGGAAACCAUAAAAGAUUAUGACAGAGAAGCUGAAGUGGCUCUGGAAGCAGUGAAAUCAGGAAAAGUAGACAUCAACCAGCUGGCAGAUACCUGGGCUAAAGCUUAUAAAGAGACAACAUUAGAACAUGCCAAGCCUGAAGAAACCAGCUGGGAUGAAGAUUUUGCAGAUGUUUAUCAUGAUCUGAUCCAUUCUCCAGCUUCUGAAAUGCUGUUAAACCUGGAACACAAUUAUUUUGUUAGCAUUUCAGAAUUAAUAAGUGAAAGGGACGUGGAGCUGAAAAAGCUACGUGAAAGGCAAGGAGCUGAAAUGGAUAAGGUGAUGCAGGAGCUUGGGAAGUCACUGACUGACCAGGAUGUGAAUUCCUUAGCAGCUCAGCAUUUUGAGUCUCAGCAGGAUUUGGAGAACAAAUGGACCAAUGAAUUAAAACAGACUACUGCUAUCCAGAAGCAGGAAUAUCAGGAGUGGGUGAUAAAGCUUCAUCAAGACCUAAAGAAUCCCAACAACAGCUCAGUCAGUGAUGAAAUUAAAGUUCAGCCCAGCCAGCUGAGGGAAUCUGUGGAAGGAAGUGGGAGAAUCUAUGAAGAGCAGAGGCUGUUGGAAGAAAGCUUUACUAUUCAUUUAGGAGCUCAGCUGAAGACCAUGCACAACCUGAGGCUGCUGAGAGCUGAUAUGUUGGAUUUCUGCAAACACAAGCGCAAUCAGCGCAGUGGGGUGAAGCUGCACAGGCUUCAGACUGCCAUGUCCCUCUACUCAACCUCCCUCUGUGGCCUGGUGUUGCUGGUGGACAACAGGAUCAGCUCCUACAGUGGAAUCAAAAGAGAUUUCGCAACCGUUUGCCAAGAAUGCACGGAUUUCCAUUUUCCUGGAAUCCAAGAACAACUUGAAAUUGUCCAGAAGGUUGUACUUAAGGCCAGAGCACAGCGUAGCAGCAAGACAAAAAGACACCACGAAAACAAAAUCAGUGGGAAUGAAGAUAAAUUAAAGAAUAUCGAACGAAACCAGUCGAACAUUUUGCCAGGAGAGUUCUACAUCACAAGGCACUCAAACCUCUCAGAAAUCCACGUUGCCUUUCACCUGUGCGUGGAUGACAAUGUCAGGUCUGUGAACGUGACUGCCCGGGACCCGGCCAUCAUGGGGCUCAGGAACAUCCUCAAGGUGUGCUGCACACACGACAUCACCACCAUCAGCAUUCCCCUCCUGCUGGUGCAUGAAAUGUCAGAAGAGAUGACCAUUCCAUGGUGCCUGAAGAGGGCAGAGCUCGUGUUCAAGUGCGUCAAAGGUUUCAUGAUGGAAAUGGCCUCAUGGGACGGAGGAAUUUCUCGGACUGUACAAUUCCUGGUACCACAGACAAUUUCAGAGGAAAUGUUUUACCAGCUGAGUAACAUGCUGCCACAGAUCUUCAGGGUGUCCUCCACACUGACUCUGACCUCCAAGCACUGAUUUCUGUGAGGCACUAACCUGUAUCCUGUUGGCAGAGGAUGAGAUUAAGGAGAUUCUGGACUAGGACGUCUCUUUCCUAUGGACUCAUGGCCCCAAAGUGGCAUUUGUUGCAAUUUCAAGAAUUGUGUUGUAAUAAAAGAUAAAUGUUGUCUGUUCUUGGCUGGUAGCAGCUGAUUUUGGCCUCUUGUUUUGUUUCAGCACAGAAUUGAUGAUGAAUUCCUCACCCUUUAUCUGAAAGUCAUUCAUUAUAACUUGUAAGAAAUCUACAGAAAUAUAUAGGUGAUUCUCAAAAAUAGGUACUAGCAAUAAGAGCUUAUGCUAGGACUGGGGUCUUCUGCCUUCUACAAACAUUUGCUGAAUUGUCUUAGUGACUUUUAAAAGAAUAUGGAGCACGUCACAAUAACCUUUGGAAUUUGUCAUAGUGACCCUGGAAUAAAGUGUAUUACUGCCUCAUUUUACUGCUGCAAAAUGAAAGACUUGAAUCAAACAUUUACCCUGUUGCAUUUUGUAGAUGGUGGAAAUGUUUAAAAACUUAAUAUAUACUUGUGGCAACAAUUAGAAAUUUUGAAGUUUAGGUCUUCCUUUUUUUAUACUUUUUGCUUUAUUUCCAGACUUUGCAUUCAAAAGUUUAUCAUAUGAACAACUUUAUAGAAACACUAAAGUGUUCUGGACGCUGUUAUACAGAUAAAAUUUGCUGCUUAUUCAUUAACAUUUUAUGACUAAUCAAAAAUGCCAGGGAGACAGCUCAAGAUGCAGGUAUGAAAUUUCUUGGGACAAACUUGAAUCCAAUCAAAAAAAACCCCAAUCAGACACCUCCUGCAGCCCACUGAUGGGGGAUA